UCCAGCGCAGCCCCGUCUUCUUUCCUGCGACGCGAAGCCCCACAAUGAAACCGCUCGAGACACGCCCGCCCACCGCCGUCGUGCCUGCGAUGCCGGAGUUCCGCGACUGGGGCAACCUGCCCGAGCUACCGCUCUCGGAGGUGCUGCGGCGCGUCCUCCCCUGCCUCCGCUCCGUCUACGCCUUCGCGGCCGUCUGCCGCCCUUGGCGCCGCCUGCUCCGCGCCUCCGCCGCCAACCUCCUCCGCCCCGGCAUGCCCCCGUUCCUCCUCAAUCCCUUUCCCAGAUCCCGCGCCGUCGGCGCCUUCUCCCAGCGCGUCCUGGAGCGCCCGCUCCCCUACCGCGCCGACCUCGCCGCGGAGGGCGCGAUCCUCCUGUCCGCCUCUCGCGGCCACCUCCUCCUCCUCCCCUGCCGCGGCCUGUCCGAAGGCGAACCCCGCAUCAUCAUCAUCGACGCUCUCACCGGCGCCGACCGCCGCGAGAUCGUGCUCCCGUCCCCUCGCUUCGCAUGCCACUACGCCGCCCUCUUGCCGACCCACCUCCUCGUCUUCCACUCCAAGCACGCCUUCUUCUCCCUCCCCUUCCCCGACCCAAACCCCGAUACCAGCUCCUCCGGUCCCCACUGGACCAAGCACAGCCUCCCCCGCCCCGCGUCCUUCGUCACGGGCAUCCUCGAAUUCCGCGGCCGCGUCCUCGGCUUGACCGACCGCGCGCAGCUGCUCGAGUUCCGCCUCUGCGCCAGCCCCCAAGGCCACACCGUCCAAAUGCUGCCAGCCGCCGGCCUCCCAGACGCCACCACGUUCGAUCGGUGGCACUUUGGGCCCCGUCUGGUCGCUGCUGGCGAUCGGCUUCUGCUGGUGCUCUUCAAGCUGGAGCCGAAAUCGGGCUCCUUGUAUCAGGAUAGAAGGGAAGUGAAGAAGGUGGCCAUCUACGGGCUUGACAUGGCACGGAUGAGGUGGGAGGAAGUGGAGAACAUUGGGGCGUAUAGCAUCUUUGUGGACUGUGCCGGCAAGAGUGCUGCUGCGUGCAUGGAUGUGGGAAGCUGUGGCGUGGAGGAGAACCGAGUUUAUGUUGUGGCUACUGGGCGCCGCUGGAGAUCAUUCCCUCCAGGGUGGGAGGCGCCUCUCGGCGAUGCUAACAAUGGACCAUUUAGCAGAUUUGCAAUGGGUCGGCAGCCAUGGCCAUCAAAGAUAUGGGUUUAUCCACCACUCUUCUUUUGAUUAUAUUUGUGUGGCAAUGCUUGUAUCAACUGUAAGAACAACCGUAUCUAGAUUCAGCUGCUGUAUGAAUUGCUGAAGAUGUUGCUUUUACAGUAUGUGCUACCGCAAUAAUGAGUGAUUAAGCAGUUGGUUGCUAUGAUACA